GGCCCCGAGGGGGCUGACCUUUCCCCCCGGCUCGUCGGCAGGGGAUGUCGCUGCCCAGCAAGAGAUGCGGGAGGCCCCCGGUGCUGUCGUGCCUGGAGAAGAAGAGGAGAAAGCAGAGCCUCGAUCGGAAGCGGGGCAAGACGCGGAUUUACGUGGGCACCCACAUCGAUCGGUGGCUGACCCUCAAGGAGAAGCUGGAUUUCAGGAACGAUGCCGACGUCGCGGGCUUCCUGCUGGACUUGUAUGACAGCUGUGACCGGGGGAGGAGGAUCUCGGGGAAAGAGGACACCUCUCUCAUAGCCGCAGAUGGGACCUAUGACAAUGAGAACUCGCUGUCUAAAGGCCCUUCCUGUGCUGUCCCAGAAGACAUGAGAAUUAUCACAGUGAAAGAAGAGAGGGGUUUGCUGGAUGGCACCUCGGCGACCGACCCGGACGGCACGUGCACCUUCAGGUUUCCCAGCACAAACAUCAAGAUCACGUUCACAGCGCUGUCCAGCGAGAAGCGGGAAAAGCAGGAGGCCCCCGAGUCCCCGGUGAAGCCUGUGCAGCCCCAGAUCUCUCCCUUGACGAUAAACAUUCCAGACAACAUGGCUCACCUGAUCAGCCCCCUCCCUUCUCCCACCGGAACGAUCAGUGCUGCAAACUCCUGCCCAUCCAGCCCCCGGGGGGCCGGGUCUUCAGGGUACAAACUGGGCCGGGCAAUUCCGGCAGACCUGCACCUCAUGGCUGACCAUUCCCAGGCAGAGAACGACAAGGAAGCUUCGGGAGGAGACAGCCCCAAGGAUGAUUCAAAGCCCCCUUAUUCCUAUGCACAACUAAUAGUCCAAGCAAUCACCAUGGCCCCCGACAAGCAGCUCACCCUGAACGGGAUCUACACGCACAUAACCAAGAAUUACCCGUACUACCGCACGGCAGACAAGGGCUGGCAGAAUUCAAUUCGUCACAACCUCUCCCUGAACCGUUACUUCAUCAAAGUUCCACGCUCCCAGGAAGAACCAGGCAAGGGCUCUUUCUGGAGGAUAGACCCAGCCUCCGAGAGCAAACUGAUCGAGCAGGCCUUUCGGAAGCGGCGGCCCAGGGGAGUGCCUUGCUUCAGAACCCCCCUGGGGUCGCUGUCUUCUAGAAGCGCCCCGGCCUCUCCAAAUCACUCCGGGGGGCUGUCAGCCCACUCCAGCGGCGUGCAGACCCCUGAGAGCCUGUCGCGCGAGGGCUCCCCGGUCCCCAUGGAGUCCGAGCCCAGUUCCCUGCAGCCCAAACUGGCCGUGAUCCAAGAAGCGCGAUUUGCACAGAGCGCCCCAGGCUCCCCUCUGUCUGGCCAGCCCGUUCUGAUUACCGUCCAGCGGCAGCUCCCGCCCACCCUCAAGCCCGUAACCUACGCCGUCGCCGCCCCCGUGACCAGCGCGACAUCCCAGCAGCCGGUCGUGCAGACCGUCCACAUGGUCCAGCAGAUACCAACCGUGUCGGUCACGAGCGUGACUGGCCUAGCGCCGCCCAACUCGUAUGCAGUGGCCGGCCCAGCUGUGGUGGCUCAGGCGGCCGUGGUGGCGCAGGCAACCGUGGUGGCCCAGCCCAAGGUGGAGCCUCACGAGAACGGAGACCACCGAGAGGCGAAAGUUAAAGUGGAGCCUGUCCCCGCCCCGGGCCACCCUGCCGGGCGCCUCCUGCAGCCGCCACCCACCCCCCUGCCAACGGUGACCAUCGUGCAGCCUCCGGCUCCGCUGGGCCAACACCAGCUCCCCAUCAAAGCCGUCACCCAGAACGGGACACAUGUGGUGCCUCUUCCCACGGCGCUCCAGGGACAGGUCAACACGGCUGCCGCCAGCCCCCUCCACAUGCUGGCCACCCACGCGUCCGCGUCUGCAUCCCUGCCCACCAAGAGGCAGAACGGGGCCCCGGCUGAGCAGCCGGAGCUGAAACGCAUCAAGACGGAAGAUGGCGAGAGCUUAGUGCUGGCAGUGAGCGCAGACCUGCUGCCCGCGGCCACCAGGGACAAAGCCAGCAGCGCCAACUAAGACUCCCUUCCCCCGCACCCCUCCCUC